AUGAAUGUACUUGGUCCAGGACCAGUUAUAAGUGAUAAGGGGAAGGCGAAAUUGAUAGAAUUUGUUCGAGGACAGGAAGCGAUAUGGAAUCCCAAAUGUCCCGAAUAUCCAAAACUCGAACUGAAGUUUGCUGCAUGGCAGCAAGUACAAAAGCAAAUGAAAGAAAAUGGCUUCGAUUUCCAAGUGCUCAAAUCACACGAUCCUGAUGACUAUGAUAUGGAGGACGAGGACGACCUCAGCGACGAAGAUUGGAGAGCUGGAACGUUGGCUGAUUCAAGUUCACGUCUCGAUGACGAUUCUAUAUCCAUCACAGGCACCGAUAUUGAAGUAGAAGCAAGGCCAUCAAGUCAAGGAGGAACAAAGUCGUUUCUGCAAGGGAAUUGUGAAGAAACUGCAUUCCUCGCCUCAGCGUUACGCGAAAUGCCAGAAAAGGAAUCCAGAAAGAAGAUGAAAGAUAUCAUGUUUAUACUCUUGGAGGAUGCGGCACCCCCAAAAGUAUGA